CCCGUUCCCCCCGGCUCGGCGGCAGCGCCCGCAGCUCCCCGCCGGUGAGUGGCGGCUCCCGCACGCCGAGCAACGUUUCAUUUCACCUUUUCUGGGAUGGAGAUUUCUUCUCAUCAGUUUCACCUCUUGCAGCAACUAAAUGAGCAGCGCAGGCAGGACUUGUUCUGUGACUGCAACAUCCUGGUGGAGGGCAAGGUCUUCAAAGCCCAUCGCAAUGUGCUGUUUGCCAGCAGCGGCUACUUCAAAAUGCUCCUUUCGCAGAGCUCGAAGGAGACCAGUCAGUCCACCACAGCCACUUUCCAGGCCUUUUCUCCUGACACCUUCACAGUUAUCCUGGAUUUUGUGUAUUCAGGCAAACUGUCCCUCACUGGUCAGAAUGUGAUCGAGGUCAUGUCAGCCGCCAGCUAUCUGCAGAUGACCGAUGUGAUCAGCGUGUGUAAAACCUUCAUCAAGUCCUCGCUGGACAUCAGCGAGAAGGAGAAGGAUCGCUACUUCAGCCUGUCAGACAAAGAUGUGAGCUCCAACGGCGUGGAGAGAUCCUGUGUGUACAGCGGAGGCUGGAGGGCAGAGAGCAGCCCCCCACACCCCCACUCCAGCCCAGACCCUGGGACUUGCAUGAUGGGCGGCAACGCUUGGAGCAAUUUCAACUAUUACCCCAGCUCUCAGAGAAAUGCCCAGCAGCAGCAGCAGCAGCUGUCCAAACACGAGCAGCGGCAGGAUUCCAUCAAGAAAUCCCGGCACCUGGGGCUGCAGCAGCCUGCAGACAUCCCCCACUAUAAAUCAAGCAAGCUGGAGGACAGGGCUGCCGAGCCCGCCGGCCACGCCGCGCCGCCCGAGGAGCAGGUUCACAUUGACCCCGAGGUGGAAGCUCCUCACGUGGGUUACCAGUUCAGCCAGGGGGCUGAGGUGAUGCCCAGGGGCUUGGCUGUGUCCCAGCAGGAGCACGAAUCACCUCGCUCCUCCAGUAAAUCCAAGUCCUCCAAAGCUGAGGAGCAGUACGGGAGCAUGCCCUCCAUCCUGGGAGUCAUGGGCAACUGGGCUGAAGAUGACCUGGCCAGGAUGAGGUUCAAGUGUCCAUUCUGCAGCCACGUGGUGAAGAGAAAAGCUGACCUGAAGCGUCACCUCCGCUGCCACACGGGAGAGCGGCCGUACCCCUGCGAGGCCUGUGGCAAGAGAUUCAGCAGGCUGGAUCACCUCAGCAGCCAUUUCCGAACUAUCCACCAGGCGUGCAAGCCCAUCUGCAGGAAGUGCAAGCGGCACGUGACGGAGCUGACGGGCCAGGUGGUGCAGGAGGGCACGCGGCGCUACAGACUGUGCAACGAGUGCCUGGCAGAGGCUGGCAUCGACAGCAUCCGCAUUGACUUGGAGGCUGAGGCGCCCCUGGAGUUCCCCCAGGACGGGGACAAGGACUCCAGGUGGCACUACGGAGAGGACAACAGGUCUGACGUGGAAAUCGUCGAGGACGGCUCCAACGACUUGGUCAUCCAGCAGGUGGAUGACAGCGAGGAUGAGGCGGAGGAGAAGGAAGUGAAACCAAACAUUAGGUAGUUGGAAGAGAAGGAUUGGGAAUUCUGUGGAAGAGGGAGGAUGUACUGUGAGCAAAUGCCCUCUGCCAGCUGAUCCUACAGAGACACGUGGUUGAACAGGUCCAGACUUGCAUGUAUUUAUGGACACGUCAUUGAGGCCAUGCUGGUUUGUUAGCAGAACCCCCAUGUGUUGUUUGGUUAGAAAAUCCAUCCUGAAAUUAUGGAUAAACAAGGAAACUGCAGUAUUAUCUGGAUAAUUUUUAUAGCAGAACCCCCAUGUGUUGUUUGGUUAGAAAAUCCAUCCUGAAAUUAUGGAUAAACAAGGAAACUGCAGUAUUAUCUGGAUAAUCUUUAUAGCAGAAGCCCCGUGCAUUUUUUGGUUAGAAAAUCCAUCCUGAAAUUAUGGCUAAACAAGGA